CUGCAAUUCAAUUGGCUGCAUACUCGCUGUGCUUUUGCAAUAUCAACACAAGAUGCUUAGCCCACCUAUGAUGCUCACCAUCGCUGGACUCGUCGUCAUGAUCUCCCAAGUUUAUGCAUUCGUCCGAUGCGGAUGUCCUGUCGGUCCUCCUGGCGGCGUGGAGUCCUUCCACUCGAUGGGUGUUUGGCCAUCAGCAACAGUCUACACGGGCAGCGAUACGGUUGACUGGGAAGAUUGUAGAUCUCAGACCAAUGCGCUCGAUACAUCCACUAACCACAUUCGUGUGGACUGUAACGUGAUGGUAGGGGAAUCGCACGGUAUGCGAUGCGGUCAGAUGAGCGCAGUUCUAGGAGCUCGUCCGGUUGUGACGAUCAGUGCUGGGGGCCAGACAGUCUUGGCGCAGUGCUGCUCCUCCUAUAGCUGUUAGUCUGGCGCAUUGUAUUGGCUGGUCCCAAUAUUUGGGAUAGAGGCGGUCAGUGCAAGGCUGCAUGUGAGUGCCACACUACUA